CCUCCUGGUGGAGGAAGGGAGACAAACACAGAAACACAAACACACAGACAGGAGUCCUGACUGUUUAACUGGGUGUGAAACGAUUCUCCAGAAAGCCCGUAGAGCCUUGGAGGAGAACCGUUUCACAAGAUGUGAGGAACAUCUGGAGUCCAGCAUGGAAAUAAAAAGGAGGCGAGAAAUAAAAAAAACUGAUCACCGUCUGGAACUCAUUAUGGCCUCCUGCUGGAUUACUGGUAAACAUCUGAUGAUGAUGAUGAUGAUGAUGAUGAUGAUGAUGAUCCUGGUCAGACCAUCAUCAUCUCCUCCUCCAUCCCUACAUCAUUAUCUCUGAUGUCAGAGACCAAACCAAAGCUAACAUUUUAAACUCGGUGUUUGACCAAUGAGAAGGCAGGAGGUGGAGUUAGAUAACCCAGAGAUCCUCUCUGAUUGGUCCGCAGCAUCCCAUCCUGCCCAUGAAUUCCCCGCCCUCCCCAGCUGACUUCUCUCUCCUCCAGCCUCCUCAUAUCUGUGGCUCAGAUGGGAGGCUGUGGACCGUGGUUCUGAUCCAAGCUGCAGGUAGAACCGGGUUCUUAGGAUGCUGAUGCUGGGAGUUUCCCUCCUGAUCUUCAGCCGUCUCGCUCAGAUCAGCUGGGGUGGGUGUCCACACGUUGCCAUGGAGACAACAUACAGGUGUGGUCCUUUCCUCCUGUUGCCUCCUCCUCCUCUUCCUCCUCCUCCUCGCCCUCCCAGAGACCUGGCAGUUCGGCCGCCUGAUGUUUCGGAUGGGGGAAUUGAAUUCCCAGCGUUCCCGAUCCUCUUCAUCAUUAUUUCCACCUCAUCAGUGAUCCUCCUGAUGGCCUUUAACAUCUGCUAUAAAGCGCUGAGCAGAGAACCUGAGGGAAGCAGAGAGAACGGGCUGAACAUCGGAGGGAACAACAACAACAACAACGAGUCCUGAGGCCAGUUUAACAAAACAGCUUCAACAAACUCAGACUCAAAUCCUCAACUCUGAAUUAAUACCGAUGGAAAGCAAUCAUCUGCUGCAAAGGAGAGGGAGAUAGUGCAAGAGAAGAUUGCUGCUUGAUUUAUGAUGAAGUCCAGUAUGGCAGGCCGUUUUGGCAUUUAUUAAAGCGCUCUGCUCUUGUUCUAUUUGUAGAUCACCAAAAUAGGAUUCUUCCUGGUCAAAAUCACCUUCCUACUCAGACAUGUAAUGAUAGAUUUCCUAAAUUACAUUUUCUCAGCAGAAGCUGCAUUUCUGAACAUCAAA